AUGUCUCCUGUCCGGAGCAUCGAGAAUGUCAAAGAAGACUACACCUAUAUCAUCUGUGGAGGCGGCACUUCAGGAUGCGUGGUUGCCGGCAGGCUGGCCGAAGCCUUCGCUAGCAGCCCCUCGUCGGAUGUCUCCAUCCUGAUCAUCGAGGCCGGGCCGGACUCGACAGGUCAUCCGCUCAUCACCAUGGUGGGCGGCCUCUUCCAAGCCAUGGGCGGCGAGCUGGACUGGGCCCUCGAGACCGUGCCCCAGGAACACCUCGACAACCGCGUGCUGGCACUCAAUCGUGGCAAGUUUCUGGGUGGCAGUAGCGGCUUCAACGGGACGUUGUGCAUCCGCGGAUGCAAGGCAGACUACGACGACUGGGAGCUCGAGGGCUGGAGCGGAGAGGAGAUGUUUGGUUACAUGAAAAAGGCAGAGACGUUCCACGGCAAAGUCUGGUUCAAAGCGGCAGAGGGAUACCAUGGGACCGAUGGACCCCUGCACGUCGAACCACAUGACACGGCCCCGAUUUCCAAACACGUCUUGGAAUCUCUGCAGGACAAGGGCUUGCCGCUCGUAGACGACCUGUUCACCACGGGCCAGGCAGCGCAUGCCUGCGGUCAUGUUCCUCGGACGGUGCAUAACGGCGUGAGAACUUUUAGUACAGACUACCUCAAGGGCCACGAGGAUCAAGUGGAUAUCGUGGUAAAUACCGUGGUUGACAAAAUCGUCCUUGAGCACGUUGGAGGGGACGUUGUGGCGACGGGCGUCGAGGUGGUCGAUAAUUCUGGGAAGAGGAGGGUGCUGAAAGCUGGUAAGCAAGUCGUAUUGUCUGCAGGUGCGUAUUGCUCGCCGACCAUUCUGCUGCGCUCUGGCAUCGGGCCGAAAGAAGAGCUCGCUCAGUUCAGCAUCAACUGCAUAGUCGACUCUCCGGGCGUGGGCAAAAACUUCCAAGACCACCUGGCAAGCUAUGCUUCCCAUCCUUGCCAGAUCACGCUUCUCUAA